CGUACUCGGCAUCAAUGCGGACAAGUAGAGGACGAACUUCUCUUACUCGAAUUUGGGGAUCUGGCUGCGAGCUCUCGUUCCGCCAACGAAAUCCUUCCCCCUUUCACUGCCCCGGACUGUAUCCGAUUUCAUUUUGGUUUUGAUGAUGUAUGAUCCGUGUACCUGAGUUUGCUCCUCACUUGGAUCUUGCUUCAGCUCAAAGAUUUGUCCAGCCGGCGCGAUUUUUUUUUUUAAUUAGGAUAGUUGCAUUGUUUAUGCGCUUUUGGGUGUUUAUAGCGAUCUUCUUGGAGGGUUUGCUUGUGCCAGAGCAGGAAGUAGGAAGUAUUGCUAAGUUUCUACUGGUGAUCGGUAGACGAUAGAUGUACGGGAAAAGCUGUUACGCUACAAGUGCUUCAGCAGUGUAAGUACCCUCCUGUCAACAAAUUCCUUUGCCAUAAGAAGAUAGCACUCAUAUCAUGGCGAAGCCUGGCAUUUUAGGCCGUAGCAGCGUGCCAAGAUCAAAUGAGGGCAUGCGGCUCGUAUUCUCAGCAGUUAUUGGUGUUAUGCUAGGGUACUUGUUUGGCAUUUCCUUCCCUACAGUUAACAUAACAAAGCUUCAUUUCCCUUCCAGCAUUGUCUCCUAUAUCGAAGAUAGAAACUCUGGCAUCACAACCCAAACACUACUGAACCAUGCAUGGACGUCUGCAGCUAGUCACAGGAAGAACAAUUCGGUUUCUAACUCUGAUGAAAUUCCUAAGAUUUAUGUUCCGACAAACCCUAAAGGUGCUGAAAGGCUUCCACCAGGCAUUGUUGUGUCUGAAACAGACCUUUAUCUCCGGAGAUUGUGGGGUGAACCUAGUGAGGAUCUUACUAGACAACCAAGGUACCUGGUUACAUUUACAGUUGGAUACUCACAGAAGGCAAAUAUUGAUGCAGCCGUGAAAAAGUUUUCAGAGAACUUCACAGUUAUGUUGUUCCAUUAUGAUGGCCGGACUACUGAAUGGGAUGAAUUUGAGUGGUCAAAAAGGGCCAUCCAUGUGAGUGUCAGAAAGCAGACUAAAUGGUGGUAUGCCAAACGAUUUUUGCAUCCUGACAUCGUUGCCCGGUAUGACUACAUAUUUAUCUGGGACGAGGAUCUAGGCGUUGAACAUUUCAAUGCAGAGGCGUACAUUGAACUUGUCAGAAAGCAUGGUCUGGAGAUCUCUCAGCCUGGUUUGGAACCUGAUAGAGGUCUGACAUGGCAAAUGACUAAACGUCGAGGUGAUCAGGAAGUCCACAAAGUAACCGAGGAGAGGCCAGGCUGGUGUACCGAUCCCCAUCUGCCACCAUGUGCAGCAUUCGUUGAAAUUAUGGCAACUGUAUUCUCUAGGGAUGCAUGGCGCUGUGUAUGGCAUAUGAUUCAGAAUGACUUGGUGCAUGGAUGGGGUCUCGAUUUUGCUCUUAGGAAAUGUGUGGAGCCAGCUCAUGAGAAAAUUGGUGUUGUUGAUGCCCAGUGGAUUGUUCAUCAAGCUGUUCCAUCACUUGGUAAUCAGGGCAAGGCAGAGAAUGGAAAAGCACCAUGGGAAGGGGUAAGAACACGCUGUCGAAAGGAGUGGGGAAUGUUUCGAACAAGGUUGGCAGAUGCUGAGAAAGCAUAUUACUUGGAGCACGGGAUCACUCCCCUGAAUUCGACAGUAGCUUAGCUAAAUACAGGCACCUCAGGAGUCAUGGCAAGGUUUCUGUUUCGGGAACCUGGCACUUGCAUCUACUGUAUGCACAUCGAAGCAACUGACUCUAUAGAGCUGCAGUCCCACGGCCAGAUUUGUACAGGCGGCCUCCCAAUAAUGCCAUUGUUGGUCUUAGCCUUGUCCACCUUGUUUUAAUCCUAGUGAGAGUAGCUCUUGUGUAAGUAGCUGAUUUAGCACGGAUCUUGAUGUCGAUUACUACAUACUCUUUUGUGCCUUAUUGACCUGUGAUGCAAUAUCGAGGUUGACAUUUUUUUUCCUUGUUUUAUCAUGUAAAUUGUUGCCUUGGAACA